GGAAAUCAAACGUGGUCUGUCUCUUAUGUUGUAACGCGUAGCUAGCAAAACAGCUAUCGAUUUCUUCAGCCGUCGUUUUAACCAAGUCAUUUUAAAUAUAUGUCAUAAUUUAUAGCUGUGUGUAGUGUAUUGUUAUACUACGGGAGAUGGGAGUCCCCGCAUUUUUUCGUUGGUUGAGUCGGAAAUAUUCUACGAUUGUUGUCCAUUGUACAGAGGAGAGGGUAAGCCUUUGUUUGUAGCCAGCUAGCUGAUUGCUAGCUAGUGGUGCGCAUUUUUAAGGCCGUGUAAUAAUGAUAUACUCUUUAUUCCUGUAAGGUGUUUGUUAGCACAGCUAGCAGGUACGAACGUUACUGAACUUUAGAUAUCAAAUUACCUAUCUAGUUAUCACUUUUCUCUUAACGAUAUAACUAACUAGUAUAACAUAUUAACAUAGCAUUUGUCGAUUGAAUGAACAAUGUAUGGGAUGCACGCAACUAGUUAGCCAGCCUACUAUGCUACUUGCAAUGAGGCGCGUUCACAUGCACAUUAGCCCGGGCCAGUCUAGUCUGGGGCUAAAAUAGCUAACUAAACUCCACGAUUUACUAUGUAGUUGUCGGUGACUGGAGCUCCGACGUCACAAUUUAAAAUAAAAAACGACGUACUUCAGCACCCAAAAAAUAGCCCUCAAUUACACAGAACAAUGUCGUGUGUAAAUCUUUGUUCGCUAAAAUCAGUCAUUUUAAAAAUUAAUUUAAUUUUGUGACGUCGGAGCUCCAGUCCGCCCACACUAUUCGCCGCCCAAUUCCAUCGUACAUCGUUGAGUUUAAUUGUCUAGGGCGAAGAUAGCCCGGGGCUAAGAACAAUUAAUUGUGAAACGACUAUUGAGUGACAAAUUGUCGUUGCGCAUGACGAGUCGAGUUGGUUUGCAAACAAACUGAAGCUAGACAGCCCGUCAAUGUUUGACUAUAGAACAUUUAGCAGAAUCUUAUGCAUGGCAUAGCCAAGUAACGUUUCAUAUAGAUAGCAACAAACCUUAUUUAUCGUUAGUUCUCAUUGCAACUCAUUUAAACAAGAAUGUUUAAUUUUGUUUUCAUCUUCCCUUCACUCACAGUCCAAGGAAUGCAAUGGCAUACGGAUUCCUGUUGAUACCAGCAAACCGAAUCCAAAUGAAGUGGAGUUUGACAAUUUGUACUUGGACAUGAAUGGGAUAAUUCACCCAUGUACACAUCCUGAAGACAAGUUAGUCCUCCUCACAGAACAUAGUUUUGUCCCAAAUGGCACCAUAUUCUCUUUAUAGUGUAUUACUUUUGACCAGGGCCCAUAAAGCUAUGGUUAAAAGUAGUGCACUAUAUAGGGAAUACUGUGCCAUUUGGAAUACAUCCAGGCGGUGUAUAAAUAGUUAUUUAUCUCUAUAGUAGAACUCUUGUGUAUUACAUUGAAUUGUGAUGACAAUCUUGUCUUGACACUCUAAAACUCAACUUCCCUUUCACAGGGCUGCACCUAAAAAUGAAGAUGAAAUGAUGGUUGCCAUCUUUGAAUACAUGGAUCGGCUCUUCAAUAUUGUGCGGCCCAGAAGGGUUCUUUACAUGGCAAUCGAUGGAGUGGUAAAUUCUGCUGCUUUCUUUUCGAGAGAUUUUUGUAAAAAUCUAUUGAUCCCUUUUUUUUUUGUGAUUUUCUACAGUAUUGUACAAAACAAUAUGUUGGCCAAUGACCUGUGCAGCAGUAGUGACAUUAUGUUGUUUCUCUGAACAGGCCCCUCGUGCCAAAAUGAACCAGCAGCGGUCCAGGCGAUUCCGCGCCUCCAAGGAAGGAGUGGAACUGGUUGAGGAGAAAUCCCGCAUCCGAGAGGAGAUCCUCGGGAGAGGUGCAUAUAUUUUCAGAAAACUGUCUAUACUUUUUUUAUCCUUCCAAUAGCAUUUAGAUAGCAGACUGCUAAGCACUUAUUUAAUUACAAAUAUUUGCCAUAACAGAAUGACAUGAAAUAUAUGAAACAACGUUUUAAUCUUUACCUUUUAGGAGGGUAUCUUCCAUCAGAGGAAAUCAAGGAGAGAUUUGACAGCAACUGUAUCACCCCAGUAAGUAUAUGAGGCUUUUCUUGUUGUAGAAUAACAAUAUUUUGUAAGGCUAUGUGUUACUGUCGCCAAUAUUUUGCAGUGUAAAAAGCCUUUUUGACGCUGCGCUAAAGCUGAAAUCUUGUGCAGAGGAACUUGCCCCUGCUACUUUUUGACCAGUUUUUGUUGUGAAGCUGCUAUGUUGUGAAUACUGUCUGGAAAUGCAUUAUUAUUCAUUUGAAAAUUCUCUAGGGCACAGAGUUCAUGGACAACCUUGCAAAGUGUCUCCGUUACUACAUUGCAGACAGACUCAGUAAUGACCCUGGAUGGCGUAACAUUACAGUAAGUAUUAUUGCGAAAAGGUAAUGGCAUCUCUGAAAAAGACCACAACAAAUUCUAAUGCUUUGGUGGUUUAAUUUAUUAAAAAGCUGACAUGUUUCAAUCUCAAGCUGACUCAUUUAGACCGUUUCGGCUUUUGAAAGUGUUAUGUUGGUCUAUUCUUCUGCUCAGACUUGUAAAGGCCUUAGAACAUUUCUCAAGAUGUGCUUAUUGGAAAUGAAACAAAGGUCAGGUCUGACACAGUCAUAUGCAUUGAAUAUUGCUAUCAAUGCUCAUAUGAAAACAUUAUUUGUUCAUUCUAGGUCAUCUUGUCUGAUGCCAGUGUCCCUGGUGAGGGGGAACAUAAGAUCAUGGACUAUAUCAGACGACAGAGAGGUACGAGUCAUUCAUGGUCGUUUUCAAUAUGUGGCUAUUGACCAUUUUAAAGGUCAUUUGUGACAUUGUAAUAUGGCUGUGAUUUCUGCCAGGCAUAUUACAAAGUCGCAAAUGGCCUUCCAUCUUAGUGCAGUUUUUUUCAAGCUCUGCAAUCACAUGUAUGUUACCUAUAUGUAAUGACUCAUAAUCCAUCCAUUUAUCACUUUUGUUUCUCACAGCUCAGCCCCACCAUGACCCCAACACACACCACUGUCUUUGUGGAGCUGACGGUAAGCUUUGCACCACAAUGGUCUCUCAGUAUUGAAGAUUAACCAACACAUGGUCACUCUGACUCAAAAUAGGAGAACAUUGAGUAUCUACAGCAAAAUAGCUUUCCCCAAAGCUGUGUUUUUAUAUAUCCUGCUGCUUAUAAUUAUGAGAGAGCAUGAUGGAUGCAAAUUACUGUUAAGACUCAUGUCAAACCAACUCGAAGGUAUGUAAAUGCAUAGUGAUUCUUAUUCAGGUUUUGUUGAGUAGUUAUCAAUAAUUGUAGGGCAUACAAUGUUACCUUAUUGAGCCUGGCGGGCAGAAGUGGUUGACAGUGAUGACGGACAUGUAAUGUAAUGUUUUUCUAAGACUACGUCUGAGACGGCUAAUUAAGUUAUGCGCCUUAACUGCAGGCAAUGCUUUGCAAAAUGUUACUGAUCCAGUACAUAUAAACAGGUUCUUGGUUUCCAGUCCUUAAAACAGGUGGCAAAAUUACUUGCAACAUUCCAACUUUGUAUAUUGUUAGAUGAUAGGGCUUCUCUGUUUUCUGCAGGCCUCAUUGUUCUGCUAUAUUAAUGGCCAGUUUAGAGUUUUGAAUGGGUGCACUUACGCAGGACAUGAUAGAUAAAAGCUUCAGCCUUCAAUGGUUCAUAAUGCACUUGGUGGACAAAGGAGGGAUAAUAUUGCGUGUAAUUAGCUUGAAGAGGAGCCUGAUACAUUCAGGCUGUGUCCCAAAUGGCAUCCUAGGCCCUAUAUAGUGCCCUACUUUUGACCAGGAUCAGUGGGGCUCAGGUCAAAAGUAGUGCACUGUGUAGGGAAUAUGGUGCCAUUUUGGGCGCAGGCUCACUCCCCCAAAUGGAUAAAUCAUGCUAUUGUACGUGUAUAUUAACAUUUGUAGAUGAUAAUGCAUGCAUGGCUCAUAAUGUAGGCUAGGUCAUUUAAUUAACAUAAUGCCUUAGAAACCUGAGUUCAUUGUCCCGGAUGACAAUGCACGUAUAAAACGCAGUACUUCAGAGCUAUUUUCAGCCUUUCAAUGUGUUGCAAGAUUUUCUGUUUGCACAAAAAUACUGAAGGGUCGAAACACGUGGGUUUUACAUUUAAAAAAUAAAGACGCUCUUUCAUCAACUGCCACUGUUAUCUUAGAGUUGCUGAAUUUCCUCUUCAAUUCUGUUUGCAUAUUUUAUUUGGAUUUCCCUAGCUGACCUUAUCAUGCUGGGCCUUGCUACUCACGAGCCCAAUUUCACCAUCAUAAGAGAGGAGUUCAAGCCCAACCAGCCUAGGCCCUGUGCUAUGUGUGGACAGAAAGGCCAUGAGAUCAAGGACUGCCAGGGAGUGGCCAGGGAGAAACAGGGAGAGGUACAUUGACAUUAUAGCUAUGUCUCCAAGGGCCUGUUUCAUGGACACAGAUUAGGCCUAGUCCUGGACAAAAAAGCAUUUUCAAUGGAGCUUCUCCAUUAAGUUUGGUUUUUAGUCCAGCACUAUCUGUGUUCAGUAAAUCUCCCCUAAAAAGUCUACAUUCCAUUUGCUCUACAUUUAUCAGCAAUGAUGACUAAUAUUGUGUUCUUAUUGCAGCAUGAUGAGUUUGCAGACACUAUGCCGGCUUCUGAACAGGAGUUCAUAUUCAUCAGGCUGUGCGUUUUGCGCGAGGUACGUUCCGUCAGACAUUCUUGAAUUUCUAAAAAGACUGGUAGUUGUGUUUAUGGCCAUGUAGCUGGUAAUUCUCUCAUCCAUUGUGUUAUUGGUUGUAUGUGUGAAAUACGUCCUUGACUUAUCUUCCGAUCAAAAUUGGAUAAGGUAUCGAGGCAUGUCUCUCCCCAGUUUUAUAUGUGUUUAUCAUGGCCCGUUUCCUUUUCCUACAGUACCUGGAGCGAGAGCUGACAAUGGCCAGUCUGCCCUUUCCAUUUGACUUUGAGAGGACUGUCGACGACUGGGUCUUCAUGUGCUUCUUUGUUGGCAAUGAUUUCUUGCCCCACUUACCGUCCUUAGAGAUUAGGUAAGCCUGACUGAACUGAGAUGAUGCUUACCAUCUUGAAAACACCUUGACAAAAAAAUGAAUUCUCGCUGUUUCCAUACAUUUCAAUUGUUGAUGAUACGUUUCAUGUGUCUUUCAGAGAGGGUGCAAUAGAUCGACUGGUGGGCAUCUACAAAGACGUUGUGCACAAGACUGGGGUACGUUUUGUCAGUUUAGGCUUAAGUCAGUUUCUCAAACACCGAUUUUAGUCCUCAACUAAAAAGCAUGUUCAAUUGGAAUUCUCCAUUGAAAAAGGUUUUUGGUCCAGGACGAGGCUUAAGUUGUCUAGGACACAGGCCCUUAAAACCUGUCCUGACCUUUCGUCCUUGCCCAGGUGUCUGUUCAUAGGCCUAACUUGGUAUUUGUCUCUCCUCACAGGGCUACAUCACAGAGAAUGGCUUUGUCAAGUUGGAGAGUGUUGAGUUGAUCAUGCAGGCAAUCGGCGUGGCUGAGGACAACAUCUUCAAGAAGCGCAAAGAGGACGAUGUAAGAUGAAGGAUGAUCAGUAGCUUUCAGCAGGGACAUUACUGCUGUUCAAUAAAUCAUGUUCUUUGGCUAAACUGUGGGGUGGGAGAUUUUCCAUAUUUACAUGAACCACUGCAUGGUUAUUUGAUUAAACUAACUCUCUCAGGUGGGUAUUUUGUCGUUGACACUAUCAUUUUAAGAUAAUGUAGACGAUGCCAAUGUCAGGGAAUUAGUCACUGUGAACUGAAAGCCCAUGUCCUUUUCCAGCUUCACUGUUUGUGUAACUAAUGGGGUUUGUCUUGUAGGAGGGAUUCAAGCGAAGGAAUAAGGAGAAAAAGAAGAGGAUGAAGGUAAGUGGAAAAAUAUGUACCUUUGUUAUUAUAGCUUGACUUUGUAUGGUGUGGUUUAAGAUGUGGCAAUGAAGUCUCAUUUGUUUGAUAAGAUGCCCUUAAACUCUUCACAUUUUCCAUGUUUCUUUGAACUAUGACUAAGCAUGGCCAUUCAUUUCAAUGGGCAAUCACACAGUAUUUUUCAUUUAUUCUGAAACUGUCAGUGUCAUAGCUCUGUAUUGAAGAUGAAGACUGUUUCAAAUGUUCCCUCAAUAGAUGUAUUAAAUCAGGGGUGCACAAAUCUGGCCCUUGAACAUCUGCAACAUUGUAUGCUAGUUUUUUCUUUGGACAAUUGACUAAUUUAGACCUGGGAAACCAAAAGUCUGUGCAAGAUUUGGGAAACUAGGAAACAAGUGGGAAACUUAAAUUGAAUUUGUGUUCCCUAGGCUCAGCAGCAGGGCCCAUCCUACCUGACCAGCGGUCAGUUUGCCCCCCAGGCCCUUGGCGGCAGAGGCAGACCUGAGGUUGUUCAGAACGCCCGGCACCAAGCCUUCGAUAUGAGGAUGCAGGGCAGGGACCAGCACAACAAGGUAUGAUGGGGGCUGAUCAUGGGGAUAUUGCUUCCUCUUAACUUGGUGCAGCAGGAAGAAAGCCCCCUAUUAGUCACUAAUGAGUUGUUUGGGCGCAGCAGGCAAUAUGGGACAUUUUCUACAACUCUGUGGUUAGUGUCUGCUCUGAGAUUGGGGGUUCAAUCCCCAACCGAGUCAUACCAAAGACUCUAAACUUUUCUAGGCAUAAGACUUAAGUGGCUCCUUAGGGCCCCGCACCACUAGGGCCCCCCAACUCAAAAAAGGGUUUGAAAUGUGUUGGUGCAUCAGAAGUUUUCUUCAUGUCAUGUCAGUCACUGACAGUCCCUCAAUUAGCUAAUGUCAGCUAACAUUUUCUGGAUUGCUAGGUAAGUAUCAUGGCCAAAUUACUGACUGGGCACGCAAGGCACGUUAUCUGGCCACUUUGAUUUUGUUAGUCACUCUCACUCAGAAAUCAUAUGAGCAUGGCAUAAGUCAUGGCAAAAUGUGUAGAACUACAGGAAAUGUGCAUGAAACUGCUGUUUUCUCACCACCCCAUGGCAAAAUGAGUAGAAUCGCAUGAAAUUUGUUUUAAAACUGCUAAAUGUUAUCUGGCCCAUGGGAAAAUGUGUGGAAUUGCACGUAAUUAACUUUUAAAGCUGCAAAUUUCUCUCCGCCACCAAGAUGGGGGGGGGGGGGCACAAAUGUUUUGCUCGCAAGGUGGGGGGGCCCAACCAAAUUUCGCUUAGGGCCCCCAAAAUGCUCCACACGGCCCUGCUUGGCAUUAAGGCGAUGCCUUACUUGCAUAAUUAUACAAUUUAUAGGUGAUUUAAAAGUAGUCUCUUUAUUUCAGGAUGUUGCGCAAUCCCUAAAAGCCAUAAUGAAGAAUGGUGGCCAGGUAUGCCUCCACUGAUUUGAUUACCUUCAGUUUGUAGUGAUUUAAAAACUGGACCAGAAUUUAUGGCUUGUAUUGAUCAAAUGCAGUGGAGGACUUUUGUCUGUUUGUGUGUAUAUACACACACACAAACACACACACACACACACACGUAACUCCCAGAAUAAAGGAAACACUUGAGUAAAUGAGUGUGGCGUCACUUAUGGUGUGGGGUGCAUUUUCCUGGCAUGGUUAAGGUCCACUCAACCCCUUAGCGGGCAAGGUAAACGCCAAUAAAUACACCGCCAUUCUGAGUGAUCACCUUCAACCUACGGUGAAGCAUUUCUAUCCUGAUGGGAGUGGCCUCUUCCAGGAUGACCAUGCCCUCAUCCACAUGGCAUGAGUGGUCAUUGAAUGGUUUGAUGAGCAUGAAAACGAUGUAAACCAUAUGCCAUGGCUCUCAGUCACCAGAUCUCAACCCAAUUGAACACUUAUGGGCGAUUCUGGAGCGGUGCCAAGGCGCAUUGAAGCUGUUCAGGUGGCUUGUGGUGGCCCAACGCCCUAUUAAGACACUAUGUUGCGGUUUCCUUUAUUUUGACAGUUACCUGUAUGUACCCAGGGCUCUAAAGUUUGACCAUUUUGGUCGCAUAUGCUCCUAAAUAUUUUGCUGUGCGGCAAGAAAAAAUGCCCAGAAUAGUUCUGAUUAGGCCUCGCUGUACCGCUGCCUCUGAAUGCCAUAUCCCGUGUCUGCAGCUUCUUUUGACCGCACAGGAAAAUGGACACAGAUUUAAAAACGUUUCAAACCAUGACUAGAGAGAGCCUGUCAACGAAUUCAGCAAAUAGUUGCUGUUUUUAUGAGUGAGUUCAUGGUUACGUCUUUAUUCAGCACUGUCAACACUUUUCUAAGCCAUAAAAUGCGCUUCUCCCUCCUUUCACUCGCGCUUCAACUAGUAAUGCAGCUGCAAUGAAUGAGUAGAAACGUGUAUCGAAAGGCUUGUAUUAUUAUUAUAGUUAUUAUUAUUUAUUUGUGCAUGAGGCAGAAAUAAUGCGGUGCGACUUGAGUUCCGCCAUCAGCUUGAAGACGACUUCCCUUUUUUUGAUCACGGUCAGUCUCCGCGCCAGGAGGGAGAGCAGAGGGGUGGUGACCAUCAGAUGCAGGCGCCAUCUGAUGGCUGUACCUCCACAAGUAAUACAACUGAUUUAUAACCGGUGUGAUCAUAAACCUUAAGUUUAGAAAUAUAACAAUAUUGGCUGGCCUAUAGCCUACUGCACAAACCUCAUUGCUACAAAACUGUUUUUAAUCGGUUAGGCCGGACAAAGUUGAUUUACUGUUUUAACAGAUUUUAUUUCUUCAGAAAAGUGACUCAAGUGAGCAGAAUUUUUUUUACAAAUCCCUCCCAAGUUAAAAUGGACUCCAAAUUGAUACCAAGUGAGAGGGUUUUUUCAGAAAUGGUGGAGAAGGAAUAAAUGAAUAUUCUACCACAUUGUCCUAGGCACCUGUGCAAGCUUUAGGCCUAAUGUGGGCUUCAAGAGUUAUUUUAUUCCAUGUGAAAACCUACGCUAGGAAAUCCUUCCUGUUUUAUUUAGAAAAGGAAUGCAGAUGUUAACAUUGUUAUUUGUUAUAAGCAUGAGAUAAAACACAAUGGGCAGUAUAUCUUGUUUAAUCAGUUCAUUACUUAAAUGUAUAGCCUAACUAGGCUUUAACAAAGCAUUAAUACAAAUAUUAAAAGGCCUACCAUAGACCACACUUUUUAGGAGAAAUAGCUUGCUUUAUAUAAAGGGGGACAAUCAUUCAAGUUGUCUGUCCAAUGAGUGCGAUCCAAUCCCUAUCUACAGGAUAACUUAAUUUAAUGUGAAGUAUAGGGUAAUAAAGUAGGUUCAAAAACUGGCUGUUUGGAUCCUGGAUGCUGGUUGGAUGAGCAGCGUUCCAAGCCGUGCUGUAUUGGCCGUCACACACCUAUGCCUGCUAACAGUUCCAUCUGAAAAUGAUCACUUGGCCUCCAUAAGAAUAAUCUUGUUCAUGUUGCUGUCCGAAUCAUCUCUUGUGUUUAUCUAAACUCUCACCAGCCUAGCAUUUAGUUUGGUACAGCGGGGGUUAAUAUAAGCCUCGCUGUCUGCCUGGCCGACGUCGGAAACAAUGUUUCACUUUUUUAAUUUCGAUCUCUGUAGUACUUAGAGUGAACUGUGCCCAGGUAAAUGGGUUGACUAGACCUCCGCUCUCGUUUAGUGCCGAACAACACCAUUUACCUGUGACUGUAUUCAUGAUACAGCACUGACUCCAUUUACCUGUGACUGUAUUCAUGAUACAGCACUGACUCCAUUUACCUGUGACUGUAUUCAUGAUACAGCACUGACUCCAUUUACCUGUGACUGUAUUCAUGAUACAGCACUGACUCUUGUGACUUAUUGCUUAAAUAUUUAAUAGAUUUCUUUCUGAUUCAAGAAUAUAAUGUAUGCCAUUUAGCAGACGGUUUUAUCCGAAGUGACUUACAUAGACUAGGCCUAUACUUUGUAGAUAGACAAUCAUUCAAGGUCUGUCAUGUAGCAUUGGAAAAAGUACAUUUCAGUCUAGCCAUAGAGUAUAGCCUAUUGUAGCAUCUACAGAAUAAAAAUUUUUUUUAACAUGCGCAAUUAGAAGCAUCAAUCCAUUACAGUGCAAAUUUGAGGCCAGUAGGCCUAUACAGUCAAUCACUCACUGCAUCCUCCUUCAUUUGCCUCAUCCGGCUGCUAUGAAAAGCCCCUACCUUGGAGUCAGUUGACCACAUUGUGGAGCUCCUGAUCUGUGCGUGCCACUGGCGAUGCAUUUUGCAGGAUGUGCGUGCUGUUUUCGGCAGCGCAUGAUAACUUCAAAUGCAUUUAAUCUUGGUGUUGUCUGUCGGCCUGCUGCAGGCAGAACCGGUAAAAUGUAAGUUAUGAAUCACAAAUCACCAUACAGCUGACACUUCGAUGUCAUCACUCAUUUCGAUUUCAAUCUGGUUGUCCAAAAUACUAUCUGCUUGCACUGCUUCUUUGCUGAUGAAUGCCCUGAUCUCUGGCCAGUCGUUUGGUUCGUUGACGUUGUUGUCACUGUCCAAUCAGAGGUCCGAACGUUAACAAGCACAUGAUCUGAGGUGGUUUGGUCUUUUAUUCUCGCGUAUCAGCUUGGAAAAUCCUCGAGCGGACAGUGCAUUAUAUGAACAAAGCGCCGCAUAAAUUGGCACACAAAGUGAAGCGGGGCAUCCGUUAAACUGUAAAUCAAGUUUGUCUGGCCUAAUUGUUACAUAGGCUUAAGUUUGUCAUGUAGAUCAUUGAUACCAAUGCAAAAUGUUAAUUUAGUGCCUUGUAUGUAUCUGAUGUCAAGUCUGAGUGCAGUACCCAUUUUCUAUUAUUGCCGGUCUUUGCAAGGUUAUUUUUACGAAUGUACACGGUAAGAAGCUGUUACAGUGCCUCCAUUCGCUCUGCCUUUGCUACAUAAAUGCAUUAGAACAAUAGCCCAAGCUGUUAUUUGCACAUGACAAAGGUGUUCACAAUGGAAGCGUGGCAAAGGGGAAGGUCUGCGCGCUCUACCUGAGAUGGUUUUAUUUCUUUAGGAUCAGUUUAUUAUCUCUUACACAAAGGAGAAUAUCAGUCCCAACCUCUCUUGCGUCCUCCACGAUGGUGAAAUAUUUUUAGGUUGCUUAGCGGAUUGCUGCUUGUCCGACUGAAAGGAGAUGGUUUGUGUAUGUUUAUUUCUAAGGAUUCCUUGUAUGCUAUCUCCUGACAGUCUUCUCCGUCUUGUCUCUUGUCCAGGCAGGGACCAGUGAUGGGCAGGAUAGCCGGGGUGUGAAGCGGAAAGCCGAGGACAGCGACAGCGAACCAGAUCCUGAAGAUAACGUCAGGUAAACGCCUACGCUACCGUCAAUCAGCCAGUCAGUCAACCAGGUACUCUGUCAACCAACCAGGCAGGCGUCUCAGCCAGGGAGAUGGUGUGAUUUAUGUCUCUCCACUGCAGUGCCCCUCUGUGGUUUCCUACUACCUCCAACCACCCUCUCCUACUCCCUGCAAGUGAUUAAUAUGGAAAGGAGGAAUAUUGUCAUAAAUUCCUGAUGCGCUCGCCAAAGCUGUUAAAUCCAUUGGGCUAAAUUGGUAUUCAUGGAGGCUUUCCUGUUACUAGGCUGCUCUCCUUGUGGGCCAGUGUGGGGGAUUGGUUAGACAGAUGCUGCUCAUCUUUGAUUAUGUGUGCAGAAUGGCACUGCAUCGCCAAUCUACUAGUAUGUCGAAACCAUUAAACUACUUCCUAAAGAAGCAAACUAGUUUUUCUGCCUUCAUGGAAAUGGACUGCUAUGGUAAUUACCAAAUCCUGUAUGUAAGGUGAGGAAAUGGUACUAUAUAUGUUACUCGGCAUAGUGACAAACCAAUGCAAAGGCUGAUGAGAAUGGUCUUCUCACAGUUAUAUUGAUGAGCAGGCCCAAGGCUUUCAUCCUUGCUUGUUAGAUGGCUUUGUCACCUAUACAAUAGAACGAGUCGGCAACAGGCGGGGCCAAGUUAAUACAAUAGUUGAUACAAUGUUUCAAGUUCCUUGCAGACAGGCAAUGCAUAGCCAAUGUGAUUUUAUAGGAUAUUUAUUUAUCAAGAUAUUUUCUACCUGCAGGCUGCAAUGUUUUUAUUUGUUUGCUUUAUGUAGGCAAUUUUUACAUAUUGGCAAUAGAAGUUACUUUUAGAUUUGUAUCAUUUUCAUUUCGAAUUUUGAUUAACCACAUGACAUUGAUUUUUGAGAUAUGAAGACUUUAUUAUAGAUAAAAGAUGUGCAUAUGAAAAUCGUAACUGGCAUGCAGAUCGGUAGAAAUUGUAUAACUUAUCACUCCAAAUGGAAAAGAUUGCUGACCACUGGUGUAUCCUAUUACUGGCAUCUUCAGGAGUGUAAUGGCAGCGAAGGCCAACAGCAGCGGUCAGUGGAGGAGGGUCGGGAAACGUUUUUCUUGUGGUGUUAUUUAUUUCUGGUUAGGCUAUAUUGAUCUCUUGCUCCCUCUUUUUAGUAGUUUGUGUCUUCAUUUUUAAUCGCAGUGCUUAAAGCAUCAGAAAAGCUCAGUAGCCUACAUAUAGUUGAUUUUAUAUGGGAAAAAAUAUACGUUAAAUGUAUACCAAUCGAUUGGUCGAAAGAACAGAUGACUAUCGGUUGACCAAGAGCAGACAUCCGCGCCGACAAAUAUCGUCCAAUGGCUGAAUCUAGUUGCCUACCCCCGCAAUAGAACAUGAACACCACUCCAUGUGCUUGAAGGAAUGGGAAAUGAAUGUGACUGUCCCUGUGUUAGGUUGUGGGAGGAUGGCUGGAAGCAGCGCUACUACAAGACCAAGUUUGACGUUGACGCGACUGACGAUGACUUUCGCAAAAAGGUGGUGAAGUCCUACGUGGAGGGUCUCUGCUGGGUCCUGAGAUACUACUACCAGGUACAACACUCGAAAUCAAAGUGUAUUUGUCAUAUGCACAGGAUGCAGUGUCACAUAUACACAGAAGGCCUUACGUGCACAGCGGAGAACUAUCAUCAUAACGGCCCUCACAAAAUGGGCUUUAAAAACCCCAAGGCCUAGUCAAAUUGGAUGGGUCAUCUUUCAAUGGUCAAUUAUUUUACUGAUUAUUGAUCAGUAUUAAAUAGAAAUGUGACUGUUUUUUCGCUUUGAAAAUGUACACUUCGACCCAUAAUUUCAGGUCUCAGGGGAUUACGGAGUAUUCUCUGGAGGAGUUUGUUCAGUAUCUGAUGGAUCAAGCUGUCCUAGCUACUCUGUUUGCUUUGUCACCAAACGGCCCCCCCAAAAAAACAGACCUAUGUAAUAUCGCUUUAACUGUUUAGAUGUAGAUGCAGAUCUUGAUCUUUAACUUUAAAUUCAAUAAUUAGGUGUCCGUUCUCUCGAGAAGAUCCUAGUCUGAUUAGACUGGUGCUUAGGGAUUUGUCCAAGGUAAUUGUGAGCCCUGUUCAUGCGAGGCCCUUAUGUUGACAACACAUGCUCGGCAAUCAACGGCAGUCCCAGGGGACGGCCUGAAUGUAUUCAUUACUCAGGCCCUCAAUUGACGGAGACGUGUCUCUUAGUUUCCGCCACACAUUCACCGGGUUGGUUGUGCCGCUGGAGUUAUGAUGCGUGCGCACAUGUUGCCAAACGCUGUGGGGGAACGGUUUAGUCAGAAACCAAAACACAGAGCUAAAGCUCAAACCUGUUUUGUGGGGGGGGGAUCGCUCUGCAUAAAAUGGCGUUACCUUGAUUUGUCACGUUUGUUUAAAAACAUCCGAUUUGUGCCGGGGAAUUUGAUUAUGUACAUCUUCUAGGGCUAUGUAAAUAUUUAAACAUGGGUAUUUCGCCGUUUUUGUCCGAUUCUCAAUUUUUUUAAAAUCCUGUGUUGGCAAAAUGGCCACAUUUUUGUUAUUUGAAUGAAUGAUCUUUCAUAAUAGACUUGUCCGCAUUUAAAUUAGAUUUGCCGAGUCUGAUGUGAAGACUGUUGAAAUAAAUAGGGGACCUCAUUCUCUACGAGAAGAGCAUUCUAGCCAGCCAGCCGGCGAAGGUCACCUAUAGGUGUGACUUUGAAAUGGUAAUUCACUAGCCGAGGAUGAGUGUCUGGAUUCUUUGGGUUAAUAUUCUUUUUAACUCCUCUGCACAAAUAUAUAGUUUGAAAAUACAUUAAAUAUUGGAUUAAAUGAAUUUCAGUGUUCAUUUUGUUAGUGUUGUAUAAGCGAAGAGGUACUAAGCUGGUAUUGGAAAGUGUUUUUGGGACAUCCCAUUUUCCAAGCCCUUCCCACUAUUUCUUCCUUACACUGAUUGUACUUCAUGAUUUAACAACCUCUACUACUUUAUUUUCCAGUUUUCCCCAAGUAUGCAAUCUAAUAAGAUUUAAAUGUCAGUCAUACUCACAGGCAAAUGUCACUUAGAUUAGUGUCAUGUAGGCUAUAUAAUUAAAUGGAAUUUAGUUUGAUAAAGGGGUAUUAAUUCACCCCUUUCCUGGGCAUCCUUUUUAGUAGGCUAUGUAUUUACUAUUUUACUGUUGAAUUGCCAUUGUUAUUUCCGCAAAUGAAUAUUUACACAAAUAAAAGAUAAGUAAAGUAAAAUCUGCAGUGAUUGGGCCCCAGUUAGCCAGUCAUCUAAUUAGACUGUCAGUGGACUUGGUGAGGUUUUGGAGGAGGAUUAUUUGUCCGGGCCGUCUCAUUAACUGUUUGUCUGUUGAUUGACAGGGGUGCGCAUCCUGGAAGUGGUACUUCCCGUUCCACUACGCCCCGUUCGCCUCCGACUUCAAAGACAUCAAAGGCAUGUUCACCGACUUCGAGCUUGGGACCAAGCCGGUAAGAAUGGACAGACUGCAGUGUUUUCUCUCUGUCAUUCCACUUCAGUCUUCCCCUGGUUAAGCCUGUCUAAUGUUCUGUGUGUUUCAGUUCAAACCCCUGGAGCAGCUGAUGGGCGUUUUCCCUGCCGCCAGUGGAAAUUUCCUGCCCGAAACAUGGCGGUCACUCAUGAGCAAUCCAGUAAGUUUCACUUGAUUUUACACAUUUUCAGCAUAAAAUGUUUUAUAGUUGAUAGUGUGAGCAUCUGUGGUCCUCUGUAGCUCAGCUGGUAGAGCACGGCGCUUGUAACGCCAAGGUAGUGGGUUCGAUUCCCGGGACCACCCAUACACAAAAAAAUGUAUGCACGCAUGACUGUAAGUCGCUUUGGAUAAAAGCGUCUGCUAAAUGGCAUAUUAUUAUUAUAUUAUCUGUAGAUCAUCUAUAAGAGACCAUAGAUGUACAGUGAGGUCCAAAAGUAUUGGGACAGUGACAAAUUUUCUUGUUUUGGCUCUGUACUUUGGAUUUGAAAUGAUACAAUGACUGAGGUUAAAGUGCAGACUGUCAGCUUUAAUUUGAGUGUAUUUUCAUCCAUAUUGGGUGAAUAGUUACAAAAUAGCAGCACUUUUUGUACAUAGUCGUCGUAACCCCCCCCCCCCCCCCCCCCCCAUUUUAUGGGACCAAAAGUAUUGGGACAAAUUCACUUAUGUGUAUUAAAGUAGUUAAAAGUUUAGUAUUUGCUCCCAUAUUCCUAGCACGCAAUGACUACAUCAAGCUUGUGACUCUAUACAUUUGUUGGAUGCAUUUGCUGUUUGUUUUGGUUAUGCUUCAGAUUAUUUUGUGCCCUAUACAAAUUAAUGGUAAAUAAUGUAUUGUGUAAUUUUGGAGUACUUUUAUUGUAAAUAAGAUUUGAAUAUUUCUAAACACUUCUACAUUAAUGUAUAUGCUACCAUGAUUACGGAUGAAUCGUGAAUGAGUGGAAAAGUUAGAUGCACAAAUACUGCUCGUCGAACGUCUCAUUCCAAAAUCAUGAGCAUUUAUAUGGAGCUGGUCCCCCCCUUUGUUGCUAUAUCAGCCUCUACUCUUCUGGGAAGGCUUUCCACUGAUGUUUGACAAUUAGGCCUGGCUCGCAGUCAGCGUUCCAAUUCAUCCCAAAGUUGUUCGAUGGGGUUGAGGUCAGGGCUCUGUGCAGGCCAGUCAAGUUCUUCCACACCGAUCUCGACAAACCGUUCCUGUAUGAACCUCGCUUUAUGCACGGGGUCAUUGUCAUGCUGAAACAGGUAAGGGCCUUCCCCAAACUGUUGCCACAAAGUUGGAGGCACAGAAUCAUCUAGAAUGUAAUUGUUUGCUGUAGCGUUAAGAUUUCCCUUCACUUGAACUAAGAAACAACAAAAGUUGUCCCAGUACUUUUUGGAGCUCACUAUAACUGAUAUAUUAUCUGUGGUGGACUAUCCAAAUAAAGUGUGACCAAUGUUAUGAUCAUAGGAGUUAACUGCUACGCUACUACUGUUGUCAGUCACUGUUGAGUUCCCAACCUGUCGCUCCUUCUCCAACAGGAAUCCUCCAUCAUUGACUUCUACCCUGACGACUUUGCCAUUGACUUGAAUGGAAAGAAGUACGCUUGGCAGGGUAAGUCAACAGAUGAUUUGACCGUUGACCUGAACACCUUGGCAUGGCACUGAAUGCAGGUGGUCAGUGUGUAUGUCAUGAAUGAUAUACACAAUGCUUUGCUUGUCAAUGGGGUCUAGAACGGGUAACCACUAAAGCACUACUGCGAAUGUAAAAAAGGACUUUAUAGAAUACAUUUGAUUGAAUGUGUUUUCACCUUUGUGUGUAGGUGUUGCAUUGCUGCCCUUCGUGGAUGAGCGCAGGCUGAGGGCAGCCCUGGCUGAAGUCUACCCAAACCUCUCUACAGAGGAAAGUGAGUAAUGGGAUUCUUCAACUUCAAGCCGCCAUUGUAAACCACUCCUUCAGAAUAUGAAUGUAUAACAGUGGUAGAGUCACAGGUACUUUAUUAAUGAAAUAUUUAAAGUGUGAAGAAAACCACUCCUGGAAGAUGAAUGUGUAACACUACUUAUUACUGAAGUAUUCCACAUGUGAAAUUGACCAAUUGAACACAGGAAGCAAUGUUUAUUCUCUUGAAUGACCUUUGUGUCAGUGCUGAUCAAUAGGUUUAUUAUGUGAAGAACUCCCUUACAGGAAUCCUUUUGAAUAUGAAUUCAGUCAGCUGAUGUGUUCACUCUUUGUUUCAGACCAGAGGAACAGCCUUGGCAGUGAUAUGCUGUUUGUGGGGAAGUCCCACCCUAUCUGUGACUUCAUCCAGGAACUGUACCGUGGAGAAUCUCACGAGGUAUGGCAAGAAAGCAGCAUCCCUGCAAUUUGAUCAAUCCAUCUAAUAGAAGUAUUAAGGACUCCCUUGAAAACAGUGGCAAUUACUGAGUGGACUAUCCUGGCUAAAUACAUAAACAUUACAUUAAAAUGAAAUUAAUAUUGCUUUGUCUGUUUACCUCAGGGCACUGAAAUGCCGGCAGAACUAUGCCAUGGAAUUCAAGGUACAUUCAAUCUUGACGGAGACCCUAUCCUACCAGAUAAGUAAGGAACAUCAAUUUUCUUAUCACUCUUUUUGAUACGUUAUUCAUCCUUCUCUGGAGAGAAUCAUGGCUAACCUAUGUGUGAAACCUCAUUUGUUCUUAGGCCAGUGGAGUCUCCUAUCCCCAUGCUACGGGACAUUGCACAGAACAGUGCCAUUGGGUAAGAAUAAUCUUUUACCUUCUUAAUAACCCCAGUUGGGACACGUGACCGAUUUCGGACCCCGUCCCAAAUGGCACCCUAGCCCAGUGGGCCCAGGUCAAAAUUGAGUGCACUAUAUAGGGAAUACGGUGCCAUUUAAGGAUGAAGCAAUGGUUUUCAGCAUGAUCCUCUGGCCUAUAAAUGUUCUCUCCAUUGUGUACAUUUUUUAUCAUUACUUGAAGCUGUCACCUUAUCUGUUUGUACAAAGACUGAAUUCCGUACGAUUGUUCACCUGAAGGGCAAGUUGACAAUCCUAAGAGCGGUAGUCGUAAGUUCACGUUACUGCUUUACACUACGUGAUUGAUCUUGACCAGGAGGAGAAAUCUAAAGUCACAUUUUCCUUCUUCAAUGGUUGACUUCAAAUGCUCAUAUUUACCACAAGAUAAAUAAAGUCCUUGGAUGUAAUGACCUGCUCGGCCCUCUGGGGGUCAGCUUCUAAGAGGAGCUGAGACUCCCUUAAUCGCAUUGGGAUUGUGUCCCAAAUGGCACCCUAUUCCAUAUAUAGUCCACUACUUUUGACCAGAUAUAGGGAAAAGGGUGCCAUUUGGGCAUGGCCUCCCUCAUUCACACUGGAUUUAGAACAAGGCUGAUGCCAAAAACCUGAAGUGAUACAAAUUUUUCUACGAACAGCGCUGGCGUAUCCGAUUUAAAAUGCCAUGGCUCGCUAUUUCUCCAUGGGACAGGAUGGUUCUUAAAUUCAUUGCCAAUGCAAGGCUUGGGGUCAGCUUUUCCUGGAGUUUUACUGAAGUGUUAACUUUUUAGGGAAUCCACCUGAAUUAACCAGGUUGUUCUUGUAAAAUAUUAUUUGUUCUGUCUUCACUAAGGCUUAAGUACCGAUUUUUAUAAACUCACAAAUUAAUUAUUCAUAAAAUAAAUUGUAGCCCAAAUUAUUUAGUAAAUAGUUCCUUUUUGUCUUGGCAGAGUGAAAUAUAAGGACCCACAGUUCGGAGAGACCUUUGUGUUCAAGGCUGUCAUUCUUCCUGGAGCCAAGUAAGUUAAUAGUUAUAACAAUGCAUUGUUUUAUAAUUAACAUGUUCCCAUUGCAUCAGUGCUGUAUAUUAUCUUACUGUGUGUAUGACACCUUCUGUAUGUGCUUAGAUACAUUGCCUAAAGAACAAUGUUAAUAUAGUGUAAAGUCUUGGAUUUAUCUUAAACGCUAUCAAAAUACUUAUUGCUACACCUUGUCUAGUGGAUUUAAAUGGAUCUCAAUUGAAUUUGUACACCACAUCCGUGAUUAUAAAGAAUGGCAUCCAGUAUAUUUGUCAUUUUUGCAUUCGUCACUCAUGUCUCUCUCUCCUGUCCCCUUUGACAAAGGCAUAUAGUAUAUUCAUUGGCUUUUUAUUUUUUGUUGGUUCAUGGAGCUCUUUAUGACAGUGUGGUGUUUUCUGUUUGUUAAUUUUUGUGUGGAAAAAUCAAUAACAAUUUAUAAUAAAAAUACAUUAAAAUAAUGUCUCCUCGCCUCUCAGGCUUCCUGCCAAGGUGCUGAAGCCUGGAGACUGGGAGAGGGGUAACCGUGGUAGGGGUAACUGGAGGCCCCAACUGGGCUUCAACUCCAACCGGCAGCAGGUCCACCUGGACCAGUCAUCCUUCAGGGCUCCUGGGUACGUGUACACCACUUCAGACCAUUUUAGACUUGCAGCCAGACCAACUUGUAUGAUAUCCCUUCAAUGGUCACCCUUUUUGAUUUAUGAUAUCUAAGCUCUUUUACUUUACUUAGUCAGACAUUCACAGAAGGCUGUGUUAGUUUACUGUCACAGAAGGAUGUGUUUGGUUUGUUUACUGUUACAUUGUUUACAAAGUAAAUACUGUUGAACCAAUCCCAUGGAAAGUCCAAAAAUGGAUUUACCAAUCCCGGAUUGCCCCUUUUUAGGAACCUGGGUAAUUGAACAUCUGGCUGAUUCUGGACUGUAGCAUGUUUAGUAAUGAAUUAUGCAUGCUGCCAAAGAAACCAUGAUGUAUUCAGAAAUGUUUUUGCCCACCAAAUCCUUAAUUCUGUAAUUUAAACAGUUAUUUGCCUUGAUGGGGCCAAAUGGACAGGUGUUCAGAGACUGGUAAUUAGGAAAACCUGGCAUAAAUGAGUUAUUUUCCCAGAGUUGGGUUUGCUUGUGUUUAGAUGUGACAGCAAAUGGUUAGUAGGCAUGUCUAUAUACUAAAUACCAGUAGGAAAUGUUUUUUUAAAAAAUAAAAAUGUGUAUUGUAUGUGUAGGCAUCUGAUGCACCCAAAUGUGUUACUCAAUGAAGUAGCCGGCCACAUUAGGGUUAGUAGACAGCUAUUUGACUGGCAGCUGGGGCUUAAGGAACAGUGUGUCUGGAACAGCCCUUAGCUGAUGUUUAAUGUCUGUGACUUACGCUGUGUGUUUUCAGUCACAGCAUUAACCGACAGCAGCAGGGAGGUGGACAGUACAGCAACGCUCCGCCCCCUGGCAACUACCACCAGGGGAACUACAGCAGGCCCCCCCACGGUGGUGGUCAAUUUCCACGUAAGUCCUCUUACACACACACACAGUCAGGCCUUAAAAAAACACCAUCACUGCAUCUCCCAUCUAAAAUAUAGCCUUUACGUUGUCAAUGCAGUGGUCUAGUAGUAACUAUCUGAAAUAGGUGAUAGGAAAGCUAGCAAAGACUAACAGUAAUCUCAGUUCCGAAAAGCCGUUUUGUUGCAUCCUUUCUUACUUGCUGCUACAUUUCACUUCCUUUGUCCUCGGCUGACAUAAUGUACCUCCUUCUAAAAUGAAAAAUAACUAUUAUACAAUUAAAUGGCCCUUUGUUCAACACUAGGGAGUUGGAAUGGUGUAAUCUGUAGGGUGCCAUUCUCUCUUGGUCUCCCAGCCCCUAAUCAGAGGCUCCUGGUUGGCCCCUGGCCCCGGCCUCAGCCCCAUGCUCCUCUGACAGCAGGGCUCUGGUCAAAAGUAGUACACUAUACAGGGAAUAGUGUGUCAUUUGGGACGUAGACCCAGUUCUCCAAUUUGACUUUGAUGUUUCCAUUUGCAAGUUGAUGAAUAAUCUCAUCUGGCUGCUGAUAGCUUGUGGGGGAGCAGAGGCUAUUCCAGUGGCACUUGAUGCAAAUAAGGCUUUUGGUUCCUUCGGAUAGCGGCAGCCUCCCUUGGCCUCUGCUGUUCAUCCCUGAUGGUAAACUUGCCAAUUAGCAGCUAGGACGGACUUCAUCCUCUUUCUUUCUAUAUUAGUUAUUUUGAUUAAGGCAAUCAGGGUUAACACUCUGGCCCAUCUGUGAUUGUGGGCCUGUUUCUCUUCAAAUUGUCACUUUACGUAAAGGUUUUUUUUAUUUUUUAUUCAUGGCCUUCUAGUCCUGAAGAGAAAUGUAAUUAUUCCUGCAGUUCUUUUGAAUUGUAACUGCUUAAUUUCACCGACUACUGUCCCUUUGACACUUGCCUUGAAUAACCAACGUCAGAAAUAUAUUUUCAAUAACCAACAAUAUUGUAUUUUUAGCUGUUUGAAGCUAACGUACAAAACUGAAAGUAAAAGACUCAAAAACUAAACUUAAGAACGGGAAACAUAGAAAUAGUGCACAUUGAACAGAUCUGCCGCUUCUUAGACUUGCUUUCAAUGCGUGACAGUUCUACAACUUGCUUUCAAUGAGAAUGAAGUCUAUAACUCACAUUUCUGUGAAUUUGGUCGAUCGCCCCAAAAGUGACAUUAUUGCAGCUUUAAGUCAGACCAAUUUACGUAACAUAAUUGUAGAAAUGUGUGUGUGUGUGUGUGUGUGUGUGUGUAUUCCCAUUCCAUCCAUAAUAAGAGAAUCUAGCGAUUUUGGUCAACCAUUUUAUAAAAGGUUUAAUGAUUGUUAUAUUAUCUUGUAGACUAUUGUGCACGGAUUAAUAACUAGUCUAUAUAUGGUAUGAGACGACAUCGAUCCCAACAGCACAAUUAGCCAGGCAAGUUAUUGAGACGAGACUAGAAAUGUGACAACUCUGGGACGGUAGGGAGCUCAGAGCGCAAAGGCUUUUGUUGCUGUUAACUGUCUCUCUCAGGGAGGAUCCACUAGGUUGUCAGUAAUCACCCUGGUCGGGUUGGGGCCUUUGUUGGAAUGGGGGGCUCCUGUGUCGCUGUUUGCUGAUUAGUGGUGCUGGCUGCACUGGGAGACUGGGGGUGGUAAUGAGAUUGUCGAGUGCUUCUGGACACACUGGCCCCUCUGAUAAAAGCCUUCUGGGACGAUCCCAUUUGAUUGGCUGUGUGGUAGACUGGAGAGGGUUGAAACCAAAGUUAACUUCCCCUUUCAGUGUGCCACUACCUCCUGCGGUGAUGUGUCAACCCGCUGCUUCUGAAACGUGCUGCAGGGUUUUGUUGGGCCUAAUAAAAACAGCUGCUGUGUAAUGACCCAAGGGAGCGACACUGCUGGUGGCCAUUAGUCUUCUGACAUCCAGUCACAUUGUACUAGCAACUUUGUCACUGCUUUAUUAAAAGUUGCAGUUUCAUGGUAUUCUCAUGGAAUUCAGUUUAUUCUGUUUUGGGGCUGAAAGUUCUAGGCAUAGAACGUUACCGACUGUUGGCAUAAUGAAAGAAAAUGUGUAUUGUGGAAAUGUGAGUUGGUUUGGGAUAGUUGUAAUCCUUUGGGUUAAUACAGUGAAUGUGUAGUGUACUAAGGGAUUUUAGGUGUAAUCCUUUGUCUUUUGUAUCACAUGGCUUGGAGCUCUGUAGUGGUUUAGAUCAUUGUUAAUUAAGGAGAUUGACAGGUGUCUAAUUGUAAUUUCCUCCUUGGACUGACUGCUGGUCAUCAGAACAGGGCAGAAGACUGACAGGAUGUUACAGGAGUGUAAUUGGGGCCAGAGUGGGUGGUCCUCAAUAAGGUUGUUGGUCCACAAGACUAUUAACUGUCAAGAUUUACAAGUCUACAUAUCCAACCUAAUCACUUUGUCUGAACAAACAGUUAUGCAUUGUUAGUAUUUCAAUUGUAUGUAGUUCUUCUCUGUAGAAUUUUCAAUCACUUGACAAACAUCUGCUGUUGUCAAUUUUACUCCACCGCAAAAGUGACUGACCGACCAGUCCAUAUUCUCUUGGCCAUCUCAGACCACAUGAAACUCUCCAUAUCAUAACAUUGAGCAUUGGCCUCAAAGUGAAACUUUCAGUGUGUUGUCAUCAGGCCAAACGUGCUUAUUUCCCAGAUAUCCUAUCUCCUAUUUUUAACACCAACCUCCAAUCCAGGUUUGUAAAUGACUGGCUUUUCUUUGCUGAAGUUAUUUUGAUCGCACCCUUCACCCCGCCCCGCACCCUCUCCUCCCCUCUCAGCCACUCACCAGGCCUGCCCCUAUAAACAAACAAGUCCCAGGCUUGCAGCUGUUCAUUGCCUUGGCAACAGCGGAUCUGGAAGAAGCAGCUCUCUCUACUUUUUAAAAAGUGUGGCUUUGUGAAGGGGCUCGCCGCGAUGGAACCAGGGGUACUUGAGUCAUCCACAGUGCUGCCCGCUGAAUGCUUAUUUCAUUUUGCUGGAGACAAGAAAUGCAAAUGCAGCCUUUUUUUCCUCAUCUUUUCCCCCCACCUCAAAUCCUAGUGUGGUUUAGUGCUUGAAUGGGCUUAAUUUCAUCAUUGCGACUGUUUUUAUUUGUGUCCGUUUUUAGAUUGAGAUCUAUGGGUUUCAUAUUGAGGUUAAGGCUGCAAGUAAUUGGGUUAAUUUAACUUCUAACUUUUUACAUACGGUCUCAGUGUUCUAUACCAAACCUGAGUUUCCAUUUUGAUCGGCAAACACUGCAACAGGUUUAACUUUCACUCAAAGAAGGGAUUACUUUGGAAUUGAUUCCUAAAGUUAUUAUAAAAUAUUGUUGAAGUGUAGUCUCACUUUGUCAAACUAGCAUUUUCACUAAACAGAGAAAUGUCAUAGCUGCUUUUAUCUAUGCAAUAUGUACCGACAUGUAUAAAAAAUUACACUGAUGGCAACUCAUCAGAACAAAAUUCUUAGGUAGGCCUAAAGUAUUGCUGUUUUUAAAAGAGCGUAUUGCUCUCGUUAGCUUAGUAGUGUGUUAGCUGCUUAGUAGUGUGUUAGACUUUGGUUCCCCAGAACCACUUUUUGAAUGUCUCUUUUGUCACUCACAGAUUCCAGGCAGCAGGGUCUUCUAGGGGCACCUCCCCCAUACAACCCUAACCCUGUACAGCAAUAUCCAAGGUGAGUCUAUGGCAUAGUCUGCUUUUCAUACAUAGGCGUGUAUUCACAAGGCCCCUCAUCCUGGGCCUGUUAAAUUAAUGAUUGAUGCAGCAGCAUAUAUAUAUAUAUAUAUAUACACACACACACUUUACAAACGGAUGUUGUAGUAUUUCUGCAAAGCCGCUGCCGCAGCAUAAGAAAUUAACCUUGGUAGUACAUUUUGUAUUUUUUUUUACACCUUUUUAAAAAUCUUUUUUUUUUACUACGUAUGAGGUUUAGUGUAAUAUAUAUGGUUAGUAUAAACUAUUCCAGUAGUUUAGUGGUGACCACUGAGUUACACUAAAUGUACAGGUAGAUGACAGGCCUUCCUAUAUUAGUUGAGACCACUGGGCUGCACCAUGGGGGGGCUUAGAGAUGAAUUAAGAAUUUGGGAGCGCUAAACACAUUUCUCUUGAAGGUUUGGCCAACUUAAUGAGGCAUCACUAAUACCGCUCCAGCGGUAACAUUCUGCACCACAGCCACAGUGUCCGCACAGACCUGCCAUUGUUUCUGGCUCCAGACCUCUUGAAGGACUAAUCAGCUUCUUGGGUUCAACUUUUCAGGCCUUCCAGGCCCAUUGUGGCUCUCUGUCACCUUAGGUCACUAGUUAUUAGUGGUGAAGUGAAAACAGUUUCUUUAACUACUUAUACGAACGGGACCGAAAUGAAAUGCAUAAGGAACUUGGAGGAGGGAUUACAGAUUCCAGUGCUCUGCUAAGUCUGGCAUUGGGAAAGAAUGUGACAUGGUUCAAUAAUGAGGGAUGGGCCCUUCUAGGACGGUUCCUACUUUUUCCUUCGGCCAUUGUAGUGAAUAAGAUGAGACUUAAUAUGGUUGCUUGGCUUUAUGGAUGGACACAUUGCAGAGGCGUUAUUCGUGGAGAACCACGGUGUGCUCAUCACACACAGGCAAUGUGGUGUCCUCAUUUCAGGGAUGAGCGUGCAGUUCACGAUUCAAGUGACAUGUAAAUGUAUGGUUUAUUUCAUACUCUGGCAUUCUUUUCAUAUUCUUAUACUUUCAAUCAUGUGAAAUGGGUGGCCCUUUUUUAUUCUUUUAUGAAUUCAAUCUCCAGGUCUAUACCAAUUAGCAGGGAUGUUGCUAGGUCACCACAGUCAAUUGAAGGCUGCAUCAAUAGAACUUGAAACAUCUUUUCUUUUUUGCUCCUGAUCAGGUGCUCUGAUAUAUUUAGAAUGAGGAAAUCGGCAGGAUAAAUGCAUGGAGCAUGGCAAACGUGUUUGUAGCUGUCAAUUAGGAGGGAAGACUGAACUUUCAAACAUUGUUGUCAUCCAGUCACAUUUUCCAAACUAUAACUGUACGUACAGCAGGUUUAUAAAGGGCCAAAGAGUUUGGUCUGCUUCGUGUUUUUUAAUUUUUCCGUGCAAAAAAUGAUUGCGACACUGGUGUCAUUCCGGCCCUAUUCACUAGCUAGGUGUUUUAACUUCAGGUUUGUUUAACUAAUCUGCGUUGGUUUAGAAACAAAAUGUACUUUAUGACCAUCUAAUCUAAGGAAAAUUGGCGGUGAUAGUUUGUCAUCUUCUCCAACAUGGCAGUUAAGAACUGAAUUGCAAUGUAGGCCUACAGUCCUUAAAUGAACAAAUCCGAUAAGUCUCUCAUUAAAGUCCAAAAUGACAAUUUUAAUGUUUGUGCCCAUACAGACAGCAGUAUGGUGGUGGUGGUGGGGCACGGCUGGGACCGGUCGAUGCAGUCCCAGGGAGCUGCCUACCAGCAGAACGCGCAGAGAGGAGGCCAUGGAGGGGGGCAGGGUCAGGGUGGAUACCAGCAGCAACGUGGUCAGGACGACCGUAGAGGAGACCGUAGAGGAGACCGUGGUGGACAACCGGUAACUACAUGACUUCAACAAUGUCCACCUGACAAGGAGGACGCCUCCAGAUAAUUUACGCAUGCUAUUCUGCACUAAUAUGUGCCAUCUUUGCUCUUUAUGCUCGAACUUACUGUGCAGCCCUUCUGACAGGUUUGGCCCUUGUUUUCUGUGUUUUACAGGGAUACAACUCUGGACGGAAUUACCCCUUGCCACCCCCAGCAAGAAGAUACAAUUGGAGUUAAAUUUAGACAUGGAUGGGCAGAAGGCCAAUAUGAUUAUUUUUUGCUCGCUAUAUUUGUCUUUCAGGCUGUUUACUUGUAAGAUGUUUUUUCUUUUAAUAGUACUUCAAAUUUUCUUAUGUACUGACUUUUUAAGAAUAAUGCCUGUAAAACUUGUGAAAUACAAGUGAGUCAAAAGACAAUUGUGUCAUGGUCAGUUUGUCAAGUUCAUAUUGCCCCCUCUAAUUUAGAUUAGCUUAAUUUUAUUUCACAUUUUCAUAAAUGUAGCCAAAUUAAACUAUUCAGCUCUUUGCAUCACAUAUUCCUUACUUUUUUCUAAUCAUAUUCCUCUUUCAGUCCUCACAAUCGCCAUAAGCUUUCUGAUGUGAAGCAUUCAUAGAAAAAUAUCUGUAAACGAAAAAUUUAACAUGAGUUAAUGGCACAUCUUUAGACAAAGGUUUUAUUAUGUUUGAAUGUUUUUUUGUCAAUUCAAAGUUCCUUGUAUUGACAAACUCCAUGGCAGUUGCAUAGAGGCUUUGAGAUAUAAUUACAUGGGAAAUAAAAUAUAGUUUCUGAUUAGGCUCUUGUUUUAUUAAAUCAGUUUCCCAUUUUCACAGGUACAUGGUCCUCUAAAUAUAUUUCAUUGGUCUCAAUUCAGUGCCCCUUUAUUUAAUUCGGACUCUAUUAUAAAGUAGGCUAAUUUAUCACAGUAAUAGUUGGCAUGUUAUUUGCUUAUAUUUCAAAUGUUCAAAUCACUGAGCCAACGAAUAACAAAUUAUAUUUAUUUAAAAUUUGAAACAUUAAUUGAGCUCAGUUGUUACAGUAGUUCGAAAUUCUGGCCUUUCAUCAUCUUUGUCUUACAUUGUUUGCUCAGUCCAGAGGCCCAAUUUAAAUAUCCUGCAAAUAGUCUUGCAUUUUAGGACUUUGUCAUGCUGGAGACUACGUGCUUAAAUAUUUAUGUCCACUUAACCAGGCCUGCUUGUAACGGCAACAAAUAUUGGAAUUUAUAUUUAUUGAAUCUGUUUUUUGUUUAUUAAUUGGGUGGUAAGAACUAAUAACAAUGAUGUAAAUGACAAUAAUUGUAAUUUAAUUAUAUUAGGCCAACGUCAAACUCAUAAUUGUGCUAUAAUGUACCGGUAAAAUUCGUUUCGUCCCCAUGUGCCAGAUGAAUAAGCAGAAAUGCUUACAUGUCAAGCGAUUUAUUGUUGGUUCAACUGGAUUGUGAUGUGUGUAUAUAUGUAUGCUAUGCAGCAGCAAUAACAUUUGUAAUUUACAAAAAAUGAUAAACAUUUCGUUUUAAAAACAAGAAUCAUACUGUCACAUGAAAUAUUUCUGUUAACUAUAUACAGUUCAGGUUCAUUAAUCGAAAUAUUACAAUACUUUGACCUGAUACACUCAAUGUGUCCGUAAAGAAUUUAAUUCCAACAAAUAAAACUUCACUCCCUUCACACCGUCACCGAGUGCUUGGAGUCUCAUUUUUAUCAAAUGCUCUUAAUCAAAAUUAAACAGGCAGGGUCGACUUUCUUAAAAAUAGGUGCACUAUGCACCUCUCAAAUGUCAAGGAAUUGUGGUGCUUUUGUUGUCCAUGUCACGAACGACCACUGUCCUUCCCGAUGUUUUUGUUCGUCUUAAAAUCCACUUGACGUGUUCUCCAGAAUGAAAAUGUAAAAUAGCAGAUUUCUCCCUUCUACCAAGUUCUGCCAUAAAGCAGGUUUGAACUGACCAUGUUAUUGGUGUAUUCGAUG